GGGGUUGUUUAUUAUACCCAUCAAAACGCCGCUAAUGACCCAUAAUGCACUGCGGCUUUGCGUGCUAGCUAGCUCGCUAGCUUACAGUCUGGAGUGAAAGAGCAGCAGCGAAACAUUCAGCAGGAACAAAACACAGCUCGUCUAACAGGUCUGGUCUGAGAUAAACAAGAUGUUGAGGAGGAAACCGACUCGUUUGGAGCUGAAGAUCGACGACACAGAGGAAUUCGAGAGCGUGAAGAAGGAGCUCGAGACCAGAAAGCGUCAGCGAGAAGAUUCUGAGUCAGGCGGUGGAGUGGGCGGGGCUUCGGUCAUCAGUGUUGACAUCAUUGGGGGCGGGGCCUCAGCCUCAGGCUCCACCUCCACAGCAGCAUCAAGGGUGGACCUUAUCAACGAGCGGAUUGGCUACAAGCCCCACCCCAAACCAGCCACACUCCCGACCUUAUUUGGAAGUUUACAGUUCUAAAUGUGGUCGUCUUGGAAAUGUGUUGAACUAAAUGAACCGUCGUCAUGGAAACGUGUUGACCAACUAAAUGAAGUGUCGUCAUGGAAACGUGUUGAUCAACUAACAUACGAUUAAAGAAGAAAAACGUC